AUGUCAGUCGCUGUCUGCUCACCGGUCAUCGAGGUGGAAGAGGUGGAACUCUCUCCGUCGAAUGUACAAUCUUGCUUCCGAGAGCGUAAAGUCGCUGAAGAUGAAGCCGCUGGGAAGCUGCAGCUCGAGCUUUUGGAGAGGGUUGAAGAUAUCCUUGAGAAGAUAGGAAGGAUACUCUCUCGGAAUUUCCACAAGCUACCAACAAAAGUACAAGAAUUGAGUUCUUCAACAGGGCCGGGAGAUCUCUUGCAGCGUUUAAAUCUUCUCACGAGAGAUCGUGUUCUAGAAGACUUUUUACAGGAGAAUCCCCCUUGCCGCCAGCUAUUCUCAGAGCUAUUCUACUGUCGCUACCCAUAUUUUAAGGAGCAAGAGAGCUCGCGUUUGCGACCUCUGACAACAAACUUGACCUCGAAAGAUGCGCUACUGGAGUGCAUAGACGCCUACGAUGGCUUUGAUCCGCUUUACAGCGAUUCAGUAGCGACUUUCUCGAUCACAGACCCAAUCUCUCUCCACGAGCUUGAGCUGGUGGAGAAGAUGUAUUCCCACAUCGACACACUCUUAAGCAAGGAGUUAGUGGACGAAAGCGUCCAAGGCGUCCUAAAUAUGGCACCCCAUCCCAAGACAGAUUUCUCCGAAAGAUUUGCCAAAUUUUCAAAUCUUUCGGAAAAGUUUCAAAAGGAAUUCCAAAAGAAGAUAUUCUCCCAGCUGCCCGCAAAAUCUGGAAUCGAGUUGGAAAUGACCAUCGAGCGAUAUGAUCAAGGAGCGAGCGCAGACGAAGACAGAAUCGGAAGCGAAAAUACCAAUUUCGAAUCUGAGGCUUCGCAGGAUCUGAACAAACGAUCUGGGACUUCCACCACUACGGCUGAUUCCCAGCUGCAGCCUUAUAAAGGGUGGCAUAUCGAGGGACCCAGAGUCCAGCUAGCCAGGGCAAAGAACUUCCUGGCUGACUGCGACGUCGAUCGGACUGCAGACUGGGCGCGCAAAGUCGCAGAACUGAGCGAGUACUUUGCAUAUCUGCAAUCUCAACUCCAAGGGGAGGACUGGAUUCACGACCUUGAAGACGCUCUUGAUAUGCUGCGCGCACAUUGCAUCUUUGAAAACUACCACUACGGGAAUCCACAGCUCAUCGUCGACUUUCCAACGGACAUCUGGCCAACGCAGAGCAAAAGGCUACCUCCGAUUCCAGGCCCUGAGAUUAUCCUUUGCCCCAAGCGGCGCGAUUUGACGGCUCCUAGACGUCUUCUGCAUGUGGAUGUGGCGAGUGCUUACGACCAGCAGUAUGGUCUGCCGGCCGAUGUCCUGAGAAGACAUUAUCUGGAGCCUUACUGGAAGGAUAGCGAGGAGUUUUGGGUAGCUGGCCCAUUUCCUGAUACACCAGAGCCGGGGAACCUCGCAGCGUGCGAGAAUGAAGCGUACGAGGAAUGUAUGGAUGGCAGCAUGGCGCAGACGGUAAAGUUCCUUGAGGGCAAAGGCAGCUUUCGCCCUCUGCAAAGAAGCACCGGCAGUCAUGAUGGCGCACUAAAGGUCAAAGGAGAGACUCUGGAAGCGUUUGCAAGAUUCCGCGGCGGCAAGCGUGCGGCUCUCCAGCAGUGCCUUGGCAUCUUCAACCAUGACGAGAACCGGAAAAUGUGCACUCUUUUGAGCAUCGUCGCUCUUCCUGAGCCUGUUGGGGAGAGAAAGAACGAGAAGGCUGAUGCCGGCAUCGUAUUCACGACCAAGAAGCUGGCAAAUCCACCCGAGAAAGAGUCAAGAGACCCCUGGGCCUACACAAGGUCCUAUCAGCAGUUCAGGAAUGAGGAAUUGCGCUGGGCUCACUUGGUGAAGGGCCAAUCCAUCGAGAAGUCAUCUUCAUUGUUGUUUGCCGGAAACAAUGAAAUCGCUAUAGAUAUUCCUAAGAACUGGAAGGGGCCCGUGAUGUCUGAUCCGAUGAAUCCCAGCAUGAUGAAGACGUAUGAGCAUUUUCGUCGCUGCCAAAAGAUCCACCAGGGCUUGAAGCGAGCGGCAAAACGCGCGCCCCGAGAUUUCAUCAUCAGACUCUUGAAUGCCGUGGAAGCUGGUCUGGUGGGAGCAGAGUCCGUAACGCAAGAGAUGAAUCUGAAAUUUGGCGAGCACGAGUACGAAUCGCCUGGUGGAGGGACUUUUGCCAAUAUCCGGCCUACAGAAGCAGCGUGGCUAGAGUAUAUUUGCCAGCCGUCGCGAAAUCGGCCAUACAUGCUAGAAAAAUCUCUUGGAAGGCGGGGGGAGCUCAUGCUCUCCAGAGUGGCACAUAUGAUGGACGACAUCAGCCCUAUAUCGCUAUUCAGGGAUACGAAGCCGAGAACGAUGAAGGAUUUUUUGAAGGAGCUGAAUGUUGGAUGUCGCGGGCCGGUAAAGAGAUAUAGAUUCACUGAGAAUGAUGUGAAGCUGCUGGCACCAAAGCUGCAUGAGUUGAAGAUUCUGAGACUCUACACGAACGUAUUAAAUGGGGAGUGGAUGUUUGGGCGGCCAGAGACAGAGUUCCAUCCCGAAGACUUGGUCAAGUGGCCUAACCAUGAGCCUCAAGAACAGCAAAGCCAGUCUUUGGAUGAUGAUUUUUCAGAGCAAGACUUUGUCAUUCCCCCGUCCUCUGAAGAUUUCUACGAGUAUCCCAAAGGCAUGCCCAAAAGAGAAGACGUCAUCUCUCUUCGAGACUUCAUCAACGAUCCAGUAAGGAGCUCUGAGUGGCUUAGGCGAACUGCGAAUUUCUUUCACUGCUUGGGCUUCCGACUAGGAAAGACGCUUAAAACACUACAGAGACGACAUGAAGAGAACCAAGAGAGGACCAUUGAUUCAGAGACACAGGAAGAUAAUGAUUCUAUUCUUCGUGCUAUAAUCACGCGCUGGGAGGACGAUACUGAAAAGCUCCCCAACGAUCCGUUAAACCGCCCGGCGAAGAAAAACAGCUCCUGGCGCAUGACCAUGACAUACCACGACGUGAUCAAAACUGCAGAUCCAGAUACCUAUGAGAAACACCAAUCAGCGUGGGCAGAUGUGUGGUCACAAGAUGGCCAUCCCGCGUGGAAAGAGGCCUCUGAGAUUGUACGCAAGAAUCUCAUACGCGAGGCGUACGAGAACAAGACAAUGCUGUGGCCACUUGCUCUGCCGUACAAUAGCUACACCGCGAAUUAUCAAGUUGCAGACCCAACAACCUGGCGAGAGCGACUCUCGAGAUGCUGGAAAGGCGAACAGUCAACGGAGGCGCACGAAGCUCGAGUUGAUGCCCUUGAUAUUCAUAUCCAAAAGGAAAAGGAAAACGCUAAGAAGGAACGCGGCACCACAACAGCUCAGAAACAAAACCCGAAGCCGACACGACGCGAGCCAGUCUGGACAUUUGGGCAUCCUUCAAGAAAGAAGGCCGUUCAUUUGUUCUGGGACAUUAAUAACUGGCCGGUGCAUCUUCAGUCGGAGAGCAGAAGGCAGAUUAUUGCGUCUAGAGGUCCUAAGAAGCAGGAACAUCGUGAUGUUGAUGAUGCCGCGAACGAUGAAGCUACCGCUGCUUGUGUCGAGAAAUUAGAGAUUAAAGAAGAUGAGAUGCCGUAUUGGAGGAAGGCAGAGCAGCGGCGCAAGUUUGUCCCUGGGAGAGAUGAGUUCUGGAUGGGGGACACGCCGUUGCAAAAGAGGGUGUUUGAGAAGAGAAUGAAGAGGAGACUUGCGCCGCCAGGGUCGAAGAAGCAUACCUGGAGAGACACUCUCAAAACAGCCGUCUUAGGUUCCCCUGAAAAGAGGAAAUCCGAAGCCAUUUCAGACGACUUGCCGUCUCUGCCUGCGAAUCAGAUACCUCAAAGUCGACCAGCUAAAAGACGUCACACUCGGACUUUUCUACGAAAGAUGGGCAAAGACGAAGAGGAGCGGGAUCUGUUCGCCAUAGCUAGAGGCGAGAAAGGCAUUCGAGAGACGCCGGGCACGGUUCCUAUUUGUACCGCUCGGAGAAUGGCUUUGGAGGAAGGUGAGGUGACGUAUUAUAUCCCUGAGACGAGGAUCUGGGAGGUUGAUAUGAUGGAGAUUGAUGAGCCUAGGAUUGAACUUGGAUUGCCGAUGAAGAAGUAGUUGCAAGGCUGGGCGGUAAAAGAUUAGAAGUUGGCUGGAAUAUUGAGUCUGCUGAAUGUCGUCAUUGGAUAUGGAUUGGAAAAGGGGGGGAACCUAUCUGACUAUUCCUCUCUCGUUUGGUAGUUAGUCAAUAUGAUAUGAUUCGUAUGAUUUAAAAUAAGAUUAAAAUGGCAAUGAGAUCCAAGAACAAAGGGAGAGGAUUUCAUAGAGUCACCAAU